AUGCGGCCUGUCCUCCGCCGCACGCCCACCAGCAACAGCCUCUACACCGACAAGAAGAAGCCCUGCUUCUAUCUCUGCAACCACCGCUCGUGGGCCGACUUCACCCUGGACUCGCUGUUGACCGCCGGCGGUACCUAUAUCUCGCGCUACGGGGUCAUCCUGGGUGUCCCCACGCCGAUUCUUUACAGCUACCUGGCUGGCUCCAUCAUCCUGUUCAACCGCCGCCCGGGAAUCGACCGGAACUGGCUGACCAACCAUGUCAAGGCCAACUGGGACCUGCACCCGGAGUCCGGCAUCAUCGUCUACCCCGAGGGCACCCGUAACCUGCGCAACCACUCGCUGCCGCUGAAGCGUGGCCUGCUGGAGUCGGCCUUCCGCCUGGGCGCCCCUUGCCAGGUGGUCAUUGCCAUUGGCAAGGAUCGUCUCUUCAACGAGAAGGCCCUCACCUUCCACCCGGGCUCGCAGAUCACCGUGCACUACGGCCCGGUCCUGGACCCGACCCCCUUCGCUGACCCGGCCUUCGAGCCGCCCAUGGCCAGUGGCGAUGAGGAGAAGACCAUGGAGCGCCGGCGCCUGGAGGCCUGGUAUGCCCAUGUCCAGCAGGCCUGGGACGAAUGCUGGGACGUGGCCCAGAAGACCGAUGACAUUGAUGCGGAGUUCUUCGCCAAGCAGGCCAAGGCCGCCCCCCGGCAGAGCGCCGACCGCGACGACAUGCCGCCCGGCGGGUCGAAGCCCUUCACCGGCCCCUUCUACCAGCCGAUCACCGACAACCUCCGUCGGUGGGUGUCGCCCGUCCCCGCCCGGGCCAAUGCCUGGCGCGCGGUCCUCCUCGGCGCCGUGGGCCUUGGAUAUGCUCUCUGGUUCCGCUGA